UAUAAAAAUUAACUAAGACAUAGAGGUAUCUAGCAUGCAUAUUCUGCUCAGCAAUCACCUCCCUUUUGUGCUAUCCACCAAUCUGUGACUGCUUUGCCUUGUGGGAAAAAAAUUAACCCUCCAUGAUGACAUAUUUUCCUACAUCAGUCAGGUCUUAAGACUCAUGCUUUGAUCCAAAUCUGACAAUGCAGUGCAAACAUGCAAAGAAGUGCUCUUGUAUAUCUUUGUGUUCUCUACAUGAACACAGUUAAUGCCUGUGAGCUCGUGGGUAAAUUUGACAUGCCAAGUUUAUUUAAAGAAGGUGACAUAAUGAUUGGGGGGAUUUUCCCAGUUUUUAACAAAGAUGUCAGCAACGUUGCUACAUUUGAGGGGGAAAUUCCUGCAGUGACGUGUGCCCUGUAAGUUUGACUGUUUCUGUUAUUUUUUUUAUUCUUACCGUAUACAAUUAUGACUGUGCGCGUAUCUACUUUACAGUAUGAAACAUGACCAAAUAUCUUUGCAGGUUUGACCUUCGAGCUUUUCGAUGGACCCAAAUGAUGAUAUUUGCAAUAGCAGAAAUUAACAAAGAUUCUGGGCUUCUUCCCAAUAUCUCUCUGGGUUACAGAAUUCUCAAUUCAUGUUCAUCUCCUACAAAUACUUUACGAGCUGCACUAACUCUGACAAGUAGUAAAAAUGAAAUAAAAACAGCUUCUGGCUGUUCUCCAGCGAUAUCUGCAGUCAUUGCAGAGGCAGGAUCCUCUCAGUCUUUGGCAGUUGCUGGAAUUCUUGGACCAUUUCAAGUUCCAGUAGUAAGCGACAGUAAUGUUUCUGAACUUUUCCGUUAUUAAUGGAAUUCACAUUAGUGUAAAUUGCUUUAAAAUGUUGUAAUUUUUAUUACAAUAUACUUUAUAUACAAUAUAUAUUUUACAAUAUAGAAUUUUAUUGUAACUAAUGCUUUGGGUCUUUUUUCUAGGUAAGUUAUUUCUCAACAUGUGCCUGUCUCAGUAACAGAGCUAAAUACCCUACUUUUUUUCGAACAAUCCCUAGCGAUUACUUCCAGGCAAAAGCUUUGGCAGCACUUGUCAAACAUUUUGGUUGGGAGUGGAUUGGAGCCAUACAGUCAGACAAUGAUUAUGGACGAAAUGGGGUUCUGGCUUUUACAGAGGAAGUUAAAAAGUUUGGGAUUUGUAUUGCUUUUGUUGGGACAGUUCUGCGAACGUACCCUCUGGAGAGGAUUCUGAAAGUUAUAGAAAUUAUCAAACAAUCAACUGUCAAAGUAAUUCUGGCUUUUACUCCUGAGGGUGAUUUUUCUCCUUUAAUGAGAGAGGUUGUGAAGCACAACAUCACAGGAAUUCAGUGGCUCGCUAGUGAAGCAUGGAUAACAGCACCUCAGCCUUCGACCCCUGAAAUGUAUCAAGCAUUUGGUGGUGCUUUGGGAUUUGUCGUUCAGAAGAUGGCUAUUCCUAAUCUAAAUCCAUUUCUUACAGAUAUUAACCCUUAUAGAGAUCCAAGUGAGCCUUUUGUGAAGGAUUUUUGGGAGAUAAUAGUAGGUUGUAAACCUGUUUCACAUGGGAUGGACACUGGUGCAGUGAAAGCAACUAAAAUAUGCGCAGGCAAUGAGACAUUGAUGGAUUACACCGAGGAUGUGUUCUUCAAUGUCACACAGCUUAGAGUGUCCUAUAAUGUGUAUAAAGCUGUUUAUGCUAUUGCACAUGCCCUUCACCAGCUGAUGUUCUGCCAACCAGCAGGAGAAAAAACUGUUAAGCCUUGUUUGAAUAUAUCCGAUAUUCAUCCUAAAGAGGUUACUUAUCACCUACAAAGAGUAAACUUCAGGAAUCAGUUUGGAGAUUAUGUGUUUUUUGAUGAGAAUGGCAAUCCUCCUGCUUCCUAUGAUAUCAUUAACUGGCAGCUCAAUAACGGACAGGUCCAGCAUGUGACUCUGGGUCAUUUUGCAUCCACAAAAAAUGGAGAUUAUACACUUAGCAUACAAGAAGAAAAAAUUGUUUGGAGGACAGGGAAAAUGGUUCCAACAUCAGUGUGCUCAAAUGCUUGUCCAGUAGGAACCAGGAAAGCUCAAAUCAAAGGAAAACCUACAUGCUGUUUUGAUUGUAUUCCUUGUGCAGGUGGAACUAUAGCCAACUCAACAGCUGCAGCAGGAUGCAUGCCCUGUCCACAGGAAUACUGGUCUAAUGAAAGAAAAGAUGGGUGCAUUCCAAAGACAGUUGAGUUUCUGGCAUAUCAUGAGCCCAUGGGAAUAGCUCUCACAGUUGUUGCAUUGCUAGGGGCCUCCCUGUCACUGCUCACAAUGGCCAUGUUUUUCCACUACAGAGAAACUCCAGUAAUAAAGGCCAGCAACUCAGAACUGAGCUGCUUCUUGCUGUUUUCUCUCUUCCUGUGUUUUCUCUGCCCUCUCACCUUCAUUGGUAGACCUACAGUCUGGACAUGCAUGCUGCGCCACACAGCUUUUGGUGUGACAUUUGCACUUUGUAUUUCCUGCAUUCUGGGAAAAACCAUUGUUGUUGUAACUGCCUUUAAAGCCACACAUCCUGGUAAUAAAGUUGCGGUAAAGUUUGGCCCCACACAGCAAAGGAUCAUUGUUUGCUCCUGCACAUUGAUUCAAAUAGUGAUAUGCAUAAUGUGGCUGAAAUUAAAUCCUCCCUUGCCAGAUCAGAUUUUCAAAUACAGCAACAAGAAGAUCGUUUUAGAAUGCAACACAGGGUCUGAGGUUGCUUUUUAUGUAGUUUUGGGAUACAUUGGAUUUCUUGCAGUGGUAUGUCUGGUUCUUGCAUUUUUAACUAGAAAAUUGCCAGAUAAUUUUAAUGAAGCCAAAUUUAUUACAUUCAGCAUGCUGAUAUUCUGUGCUGUUUGGAUUACUUUUAUUCCAGCAUAUGUCAGCUCUCCAGGAAAGUUCACUGUAGCUGUGGAAAUUUUUGCAAUUUUGUCAUCAGCAUUUGGUUUAUUAAUUUGCAUUUUUGCACCUAAAUGUUACAUAAUCUUGAUAAAGCCAGAAAAAAACACAAGGAAAAAUGUUAUGGGAAAAAAAUAGGAGAACAAGAAAUAUAAUUUUGUUUUUGUCUGCUUUUUCUGAAAUGAGAUUAGGUGCAUUUAAAUCACAAAGUACAUUGGGACUAAACAUAGAAUAAUCCAUAGUGUAAAACAUAAUGAUGAAUUCAGUGAUUACCAUACCAAGAAAACUGUUUAGUAAUUAUAUGUUAAAAUUGGCUAAACUGAAUUUCAUCUGUAUGCUAGUGUUACAGAAACCCUAAACAUAAAUGUGAAUCUUUCUACCUUUUUACCAUGAAUCUUUCUUGCUACCUUUUUGCAAUUUUUAAAUGUUUUUCUUCUAACUCAAAAUAACUUAACCCUUGUGCAUUCUUAAUAUCCUGUUUACUCCCCUUGUCCUAAAGGUCAAAAAUGACCCAUAAUACAAUCUUUGUAUCCUAUUGGUGUACAGCCCACAUGGAAACAUAAACAAAAACAAAGUAUAAUUUUUUUUUUUUCUAAUAAUGGGGUCCCUUUAGGAAAAGUCUUAAAAUUUCAAGUUGGAAAAAGGUGGUUCAAGGUAUUUUUUCUACAGCUAAACGUAGUAGUGGGUCACUUUUGACCCGCAAGACAACACAAGGGUUAAAACACAUGCUACAUUGCAAUUUGAUAAAAACAAUUAUGAUUAAAUUAAUUAAUAAUUUAUAUAUUGUGCUAAGUGUAAAUAUACAAUUUCUCUGUCAGCAAAAGAUUUGUAAAUUUCCAAUUACAUGUUGGUAAUAUGGUGGUGUGUGGUUUUGUGAGGUUAGUUGCAGACAAAUAGUGAUGACAAAAUGACUGAUAAUCAACAAUUCAUGCUUAUCUCUUAAAAAUACA